AAUUUUCUUCACAGUAUUUCGUAGAGAAUUCAAAUGGUAGUUUGAUAUAAAAAUGUCAAACAAUUAUAUGCAUUUAUUCUACUUUGGUUUUUUUAUUACUUAUAUUUUAAUAUGUACAAAUAUAAAUGGCAACGUAUUAAAUCAGAAAGAGUUACAGAAUCAACAUUCAAAACUAAUGGUCAAACGAUCGUUGAAAGAUUGUUGUAAAAAAAAUUGUACCUCUACAGACAAGGAUGAGUGUUGCAUAUUAUUAGAUUGUAAAGCAGAGAAAAAUCACAAUCACCAUUGCUGUAAACAUAGUAAAAAAGAUUGUUGCUCUGAUUCUAGUAGCAAAUCUUGUUCUGACUCAGGUUCUUGCUCUGGUUCUGAGUCUAGUGAAUCUAGCGAAUCUAGUGAAUCUAGCGAAUCUUGUGAAUCUGGCAAUUCUUGUGAAUCUAGCGAGUCUAGUGAUUCUAGUGAUUCUAGUUCAGAAGAAUGCGAUCAUCAUCAUCAUCAUUGCAAAUGUAAACAUAAAUGUGAUUCUGACUGCAAGUCAGAGGAAUGUAAAAUAAAAUGUAAUUCUGAAUGUAAGAAAGAUGAAUGUAAAGAGAAAUGUAAUUCUAACUGCAAGACAGAGGAAUGUAAAACAAAAUGUAAUUCUGAAUGUAAGAAAGAUGAAUGUAAAGAGAAAUGUAAUUCUGAUUGUAAGAAAGAUGAAUGUGAAAAGAAAUGUACUUCUGAUUGUAAGAAAGAUGAUCACAAAUGUAAAGAUACGUGCUCAGAAAAUUGUAUUACCCUCGAAUGCUGCUAAUUCAUCAACAAAUGAAAACUGUACCGAAAAAUCAAUCAGUAUUUAAAUAUUA